AUCUUGAUGGCAGUAGCAAUUGAGGGUCUUUUGAAAUCACUCUUUAAAAAACCCUUGUAAGGCGUGUCGUUCAUGUUCAGUUCAGUUUAGUUCAAUAUAAAGCGAUAAUUUGAGUAACAGAAGGUUUUUCGUGGAACCGGUUGGAGACCCGCUCCAAGAUCAGGAUUCAACAUGUCUUCGCCGGAUGAAUACGUGAAUAGUUACGAUGUGGAAUUUGACAAAGCGAACUCAAAGAAAGCCCAAUUGAUCAUUUUCAAUGUGAUCACUUUUCUCGCUUCUUUGUCCAUUUUUGGUUUGUGCAUCUGGAUCCGCUUUGACCUGGACUUUAGGGAGUGGGUAUAUGAAAUCGAUUGGUUCGCUUAUUGGUAUUGCAUGUACGUGAUCUUACUUGGCAUGGUAUUGGUUCUGGCCACUUCAGGGGGUCAAAUUGCGGCGAUCAUGUACGACUCUGUGGGCACUCUGACCCUGUGCCAAAUCCUGUUCGUGUGCUGCAUGCUUUUUGAGUUGACCGGCUGUGUGGUCAUCCUCGUGUACGGAGUGGAGGAAAGCCAUGUCCUCACCGAGCAAUUGAAGGACGUUUUCAAAACCCUGAUCUACCGCAUCAAUUAUGACCCCCGGGCCAUGAGGAUCCUUCGCAUCAUUCAGGAAUAUGUUGGGUGUUGUGGCGCCAAUGGUUCCGAAGACUACUCUGACGCAAUGAAGCCUGUUCCGUGGGAAUGUCGGGAUCCGGUCAAAGGAGGCGAAUACCCAUAUGGAUGUGCGCAGCAAUUGGCUUGGUGGUUGGAGCCUUGGUCUGCAACCAUGGCCGCAUUUUGCUUGCUCCUGCUUGUGGUUCAUGUCAUUCAGAUCGUAUUUACGUCUCAGUUAAAAACCUCGCUCAGGGUACUACUCCAAAGUGAAGAGUAUCAUUACCCUGAGGAGGACAAUCGGUAUGGAGAAGAUGACCGUCGUUACCAGUCCGAGAAAUAUUUGAAGAACGGAAAUUAUCGCUAUCAAUCCGACUCGGACGCCUACAAUGACUGAUGAAUGGUUUCAGAUGUGGGCAAAUAUUGAUUGUUGGUUGGGAUAUAUAAAAGAUAUGGAAGAUAUCAUUUUUAUUGUCAAGUGGUAUAAUUUACAAUCAAUCAACUCGUUGGAGAACCAAAUAUAUUUGGAAAAAUGGGA